AUGGGUAUGGCCCAGGCCCUCGCCUCAGAGACGCUCUUCACCAAGAUCGCCGUCAGCGAGAUCUUCUCGCUCAAGAUGUCCAAGACCGAGGCCCUCACGCAGGCCCUGGGGAAGAGCAUCGGCGUUAGAAUUAAGGAGGAAACAGAGCAUAUCGAAGGCGAGGUUGUGGAGAUUCAAAUUGAUAUGCCGCUCCCGAGGUCGUCAGCUGCACGGAUGGCGAAGAGUGGCAAGCUUACGUUGAAGACCACGGAGAUGGAGAGGGUGUAUGACUUGGGUACCAAGAUGAUUGACUCGUUGCGGAAGGAGACAGUUACAAGUUUUGAUGCCAUUACUAUUGAUAUGGCAACGGGAAACAUAUCAAAGCUCGGGCGAGUUGCAGCGACGGAAAGAGGUUGUGCACGUCGUCUCUCUGCACUAAAUUGA